AUGUAUGGCAACUGCGGCCAGCGCCGAGCCGUCACGUUCACCAGCCGGCGGCGUGCUCUGCCGCUCCACUGGCAGGCACCACCAGCUCCCGCGCGCGCGUGCAGAAAAGGACUCGGCAGCGAGAACUGUUUACGAUUCACACGAACACGUACUAGUCCAGGUGAGAAUAUACGAGUAGGAUUUAGGACCGAUAUAUGGCAAGCCUCGCCAUACGGGAAUGCCCAGCCGUGCUUCGGCCGAAUUGGCUUCUUGAUCGGUAUGGAGUUGAGCAACAAAGAGGUCCAGAUCCAAAUGCCCACCCAGCUGAACGAGAGGUCAUCCAGAGAAGACCUCCCGUCGCUGCUCAUCCAGGUUCCGUCGCGGACCAUCGCCGGCUUCGACUGCGUCGGCCGGGACGCCGUCUCCUCCGCCUCCCUGCACCUGCACGAGCACAACAACAGGGACACUGUCAUUAGCAUCCAGGCGCCGGCGACCCCACCGGCAGCUGCCCCUGUGCCCGCGUACGACGACGCGCAGAUACCCUACUCCCUUUCCGUCAGCAUGCCGGCGUCGCCGUCGGGGUUGCACUUUUCGCAGUUCAGGGCGGCGGCCGUGCGCCGCAACGAGGCGCGCGCGGCAGUGGCAGUGGCACCCUCUGACAGCAAGCCGGUCGGGCAGGUGGAGGUGCACCCGCCGCGGCUGCUGGAGCAGACGCGGUUCCACUCGCAGCCGAUCCUCCAUGCGUCCCAGAUGAACGAGGGGACGCGGAGGGCCGACAGCACGCGCGACAAGCGGUUCGAUCCGUUCAAGACCUUCUCCGGCCGCCUCGAGCGGCAACUCUCCAACCUGCGCGGCCGGCCGCUGGACCCCAUGGACCUCGGCUCCCACCAUUCCAAGAUCUCCGAGGAGACCGACCAGGUUCCCGGCACCGACCGCUACUUCGACGCCCUGGAAGGCCCCGAGCUCGACACCCUCAGGGCGACGGAGGUAGCGGUGCUGCCCAAGGACGAGAAGUGGCCGUUCCUGCUGCGGUUCCCGAUCAGCGCGUUCGGGAUGGUGCUCGGCGUGAGCAGCCAGGCGAUCCUGUGGAAGACGCUGGCGUCAGCGCCGCCGACGGCGUUCCUGCACGUGAGCCUCGUGGUGGCCCACGCACUGUGGUACAUCUCGCUGGCGCUGAUGGGCCUCGUGUCCUCCAUCUACCUGCUCAAGAUCGUCUUCUACUUCGAGGCGGUCCGGCGCGAGUUCUACCACCCUAUACGCGCCAACUUCUUCUUCGCGCCGUGGAUCGCCUGCCUCUUCCUCGUGCAGGGCGCGCCGCGGGAGCUGGCCGAGGUGCACCACGGCGUCUGGUACAUGCUCAUGGCGCCCAUCUUCUGCCUCGAGCUCAAGAUCUACGGCCAGUGGAUGUCCGGCGGCCAGCGUCGGUUGUCCAAGGUGGCCAACCCGUCCAACCACCUCUCCAUCGUCGGCAACUUUGUGGGCGCGUUGCUGGGAGCCAAAAUGGGCAUCCGCGAGGGCCCCAUCUUCUUCUUCGCCAUCGGGCUUGCGCACUACACUGUCCUCUUCGUCACGCUCUACCAGCGCCUCCCCACCAACGUCACGCUCCCCAAGGAGCUACACCCGGUCUUCUUCCUCUUCGUUGCCGCGCCCAGCGUCGCCUCCAUGGCUUGGGCCAAGAUCAACGGCGAGUUCGACAACGGCGCACGGAUAGCCUACUUCAUUGCGCUCUUCCUCUACAUGUCGCUGGCCGUGCGGAUCAACUUCUUCACAGGAUUCCGCUUCUCGCUGGCGUGGUGGGCCUACACGUUCCCGAUGACCGGCGCAUCGAUCGCCACCAUAACGUACGCGACGGAGGUGACCAACGUGCUGACGCGGACGCUGUCCAUCGGCCUCUCGGGCAUUGCCACCGUCACCGUAGCCGGCCUGCUGGUGACCACCAUGUUCCACGCCUUCGUGCUCAGGGACCUUUUCCCCAACGACGUCUCCAUCGCCAUCACCCGGAGGAAGCCCAAGUUCAGCAAGAUCCUCGCGCACUUCCGCUCCUCCAGCUCCGACAUGAAGGAGCUCGUGCUCUCCGUCUCCAAGUCGCCCAACACCGACUCCGAUUCUUCGGUGCUGGGCUCCACAGACACCCAUCCGGCCGUCACCAAAGGCAAAGCCGAGCCGUAGAGCGACAGAACGACACCCCGCGCGCUCUCUCGCGCAUGCCUAGCUGUACAUAAUUAUUUCAGUCUCUUGGACAAGAUGAGCUUGAGAGGUGAGAGCAGAAUGGAAGCAUGCAGCUGGUCGGCGUGAGACCGUGAGUGCACAUACUACCGUCGAAGGCAUGGGUGUAUAUCCUUGGAGCAAAUUUUUGUGGUGAUGAGGGUAUAAUGUGAGGCACGUAGGUCGAUCGAUCUGUGUAUAAGUCUACGGAUAUAUAUCACGAAUAAAACAACAAACAAUGUGUGGAACUUGCAGAUUUGUUUGGAUGAUUCAGCGUACAACAUUUAUCUACUC